AUGCAGAUGCGCAGGACGACGGCGAUGCUGCGACAAUGCCAGCUAUGCCUCAGACUGGCAAGCACACGCCAGAUUGCGCCAAGCGGGGUGCCAGUGUCUCGCUCAGCGGGCAGGAGAGGCUAUGCCAUCUCGUCAAUGAUCACGCCUGGGGGUCCAUCAAGCGCGACAAGGAGCAACAAGCGAGAGCCAGCGAAAGAUGAAGCCAUACGAUCACGACUCGUCGUGCUCGUCGACCCUGUCUCGGGCUCGCUCCUCCCUCCUGCUCGCCUAGACGCCGUUCUGGCCUCCAUGAACCGAAACACGCAUUAUAUCGUCGAUACCCAAGCUCGUUCGCCCGGCCCUGCGUCCGUCAGUAUGCCUCUGCCUGUGAGGGAUCAAUCUGCAGGCUAUCCCAUUGUACGCAUACGGUCGAAAGCAGAGGAAGUGCAGAAAGCAAGAGAGGAGUCGGAAAAGAGGAGAGCGAGGAAGAAGUUGGGUCUGUCGGCUACAGGCCAGUUGGAAGAGAAAGAAGUCCAACUCUCCUGGCAUGUCACGCCUCACGAUCUGAAGCACAAGCUGUCCGUGGCUGCGCGAACGCUUGCAAAGGGCGGCAGAACAAUGGUCGAGCUCCAAGGCACGCGCGCCCAGCCUGCCCCUGUCGAUCCUCAGGUCCGGAGGAGAUUUGUCGAUGCGGUCCAAGAGCAGCUCAUCACCGCGACGACGGACGAGCUGAAGGCAACUGACCGCAUCGCCUUGUCGAAAUACAAAGAUGAUGCCGUACGCGGCUUCAGGACGACGCUGUAUUUCCAAGGCCCCAAGCCGUCAAAGUAG